AGGCACGCAGUCACCCGUCCCGGCGGAGCCUCCCCGCCUCAUCCCCGCCUCUCCCGUCCUUCCCCGGCCCGUCGAGUUCCCGGCCCGUUUCCCCCCCCCCCUCCACGUCCCCGUCGCCGGCCGGGCAAGAUGGUGGUGUGCGGCCUAGCCUGCUGGAGGUGCAGGUGGCUCCUGCCCUUGCUGCUGGGGCUGGCCAUCAUCAUGGGCAUCAUCGCCCUGGCAGGUAGGGGCUGGCUGGAGUCCGAGUCGGCGCCCUACGUGCAGCAAGCGUCGCUAUGGGAGAGCUGCACCCGCACCCCGGAUGCCCUCAACUGGAAUUGCGAAUCCCUCAUGGACUACGGAUGGGGGAGAGCAGCGGCCGCCACGUACCUCGUCGGCUUUGUGAUCCUGGUCAUCUGUUUCGCCCUCGCUGUCAUCGCCUUCUCCAUUGAGAUACUCCGCUUCAACUUCGUGAGAGGAAUCGGAGGCUUGCUCUUCGUUGUUGCUGCAUUCCAGAUCAUAGGCUUGGUCAUCUACCCAGUCAAAUUCGCAGAAGAGAUUCCACUGAUGGGAGAUAACAUGUUCAGCUGGGCCUAUGGCUUUGGCUGGGCCAGCACUGUUGUUGUCAUAGGUUGUGCUUUCUUCUUCUGCUGCCUCCCCAACUGGGAAGAUGAAGUCCUGGGAAACAUCAAGCCUACCUAUUACUACUCCUCCCCAGAGCGAGCACCGUACUUAAAUUGAAAGGUUAAAUCCAAGUACAGUCAACUGUCAAAACAACAGAGGAGCACCUCUGAUGCAAAUUUGGUGCGAUUACAGGAGACUGAAAAAAACACACCUUAUUUCUCCAGAGUAUUUCUUACUACCCUGGCGAUAAAUUAGUAAAAACAUUGGCAUCUUUAAGCAAAUAGCUUUUACCUAAAGUAUUACAUAUGUAUUCUCAUGCCGAUUCUGAUUGGGUGGUUUACUUGCUCGUUCCCCUCCCAACUAAUUGAGUCAUCCUUAUUUUAUUCAAACAUUCGCUUAUGAAUAAAGACGUAGUGUUUCAAGUGUAGAAGGGAAGAGGAGAGAUUUUAAACAACCCACUAGAGGGACCUGCAAGUUAUUUUGUUUUCACCUCUGACAAAAGUGCCUUAAAUGGAACUAGAAAAAGAACCAACCUUCCAAAGAAUGCUUUUUCUUCCACCAAAGUCAGUCCCAAGGAAGGAACUUCCCUGAGACUAUUGCAGUCACCUGCUGCCUAAGAAUCUCUUCUCAUUCCUGUUACUGGACUAUUGUUGACUAUUAGCUAUUUGAACUAAGGGGAAAAUAAAAGUAAAAUCUAUUUUCCACUGAUUGGUGCUGUUGGACGGAGAUCUCCUCUAAAGCAUGGAGCUGGUGUGUAUAACAGUGGUUAAGGUAACACUUACUGGUGUUUUUGUGGCCACUGCAGGACUUGUGAUGGAGCCACAUAUAAUUUAAUAUACAUUGUCACAGAGAGAAUCAAUAAACUUCCAGAUGUUAAGCUACAUACAUUUUUACAUGGUAUUUGAGGGAUGCUGAUUUAGAAAAUACCUUUGAGUAGAAGCAUACACUGUUCUUUAUGUCUACCUUUUUAAAACCUCAGUGUUUUAAUUUGCAGCUGUACUUUGGAGGGAAAUCUUAGCAUAAGGUGUUGAAAACCUCCCAAAGUUCCUAAAGCACGCUGUAGGUACUCCAGAGUUUAGUAAACUUGGGGAUGCUUUGUGAGUCACUAGGAUUAACAGGUAAAAAUAGGAAAGCAGUUCUGGGAGCAGUUUGUAUAUGCAAACUUCAUACAGACGCCUGUCUCGGGGAGCAAUCUGGCUGGCUCGUGUUUCUGGAGCCAGCAAUUCCAAAUAAAUAUUCCAGCGAGGCAGAGCCCUGUCUGUGUUGGUCAUGGACCUGCAGCAGCUUACAGCAGAUUUAAUUACGGUCUAUAAUCUUCGUCAGAGCUUUCUUCAGCUUGGGAGGAAAAAAGGAAGAGACUCUUUGUUGAGCUCUUCUUCCAGGUAUGGGGGAAGUAGCUCUAGCAGAGACAGGUUUCCAAGCAGGGUACAGGCAGGGUGGAAAGCAAAUACUGUGCAUUACUCUGUGUAACGAGCAUCUGGGAAUUUAAUUCUUACUAUUGUGAGCCGAGUACUAGGGAGAGUGUAAGUGUGUGGGUAUAUGUGUUCAUGCAUAUGUACAAAACACAACAUACAGAGCAUUAGCCAGCACACUGUAAAGCCAAAGUCCUUCAGAACUAAGCUUUUUCAAUGCCCAGUAUUUCUUGUAUUAUAUAUUGUAUAGCUUUCUGUUUUGUAACACCUUUUUAAAUUUGAUAAUUCUGUAUAUUGCAUGUGAUCCUGUGUUGGAAAGGCCGGGUGAUUUCUUCCUGGCCUGUAUUUUAUACAUCUGCAGACUUCAGAAUUAUGUUACAAGCUCAGUCGUGGCAUAUACAAUCAACUGUAUUUAUGAUUCUUGCUGAAAAAGAGAAUCCUUUUCUUUUUUUUUCCUCUUUUCUGUACAGUACUGGCUGAUGGGGAAUACUGUGUAGACUCAUCUGUAUCAUGAGUAAUGAUAGUACCUAAUUUCUAGUGAAUUCAAAACACGGCAGAGAACCCCAAGUCUGAAAAAUCCUUGUGCAGCUAAAGCUGAGAAGGAGAAAAUGUCUAAGAAAAUGGACACCCUUCCUCAUGAAAGGAAGGACGGUUUGGUAAUAGCGUUUACCAUAACUUAAGUCUUUUGUAUGGUUUUUUUUUUUUUAUAAGCAUUGUCAUAACUUGUCAAAAAAGCACAAAUGUAAAAUAAACUUGGCUCUGAACGUACUGGGAGGGGUGGAAGCAUAACCAGCAUGUUACACAAUUAAGAUGUUCAGGAGAAAGCUAUUGCAAAUAGUCAUCAAUUACUCUCAAGUGAUACUAAUGUAUGUGGCACUCCUUUCAAAUGUGGUGGCUUAAUUAAAACUGUUUUAACUGAC